AUGAAGAUUAGUGAGCUUGAGUUGUCUAAGCUCCCAAUGGUAAUGACAUCUUCAGGGGAAGCUAUGAUGACUUUCAUGAACAUCAUUGGCUCAGCAAAGGAGUCUCUCUUAAGAAUUCUUAUCCAAGGAGAGUUCUCUGAGUAUCCAGAUGAGCAAAGCAUGCACUCCACUGCUCGUUUGGCUGAUAUGUUGAGCAAAUUCUCAGAUAACCUGCAAGCAAAGCCAGAGGACGCGACCGAGUUCUUGAUGGACGAAAUCAAAGUUCUUGAAGAGUGCAAAUGUAUUGGCCUUCCCAAUUUCAUCCCAAGAUCAGCCUUCUUGGCUAUACUUUCACAGCGUGUUGAUGGGAUUCAUACUAAGCCUGUCGAUUUCAUCAAGAGGAUAUGGGAGUAUGUUGAAGAUGUUAUCUCCUCUGUUCUUACGAACCACUCUGAUAACUUCCCACAGAUUCAAUCCUCCAUCAAACGUGCCGGUCGAAAUCUCAUCUCCAAGAUCAAGGAACAAUCCGUGAACAGAGUGAUCGAGAUCGUUGAGAUGGAGAAACAGACGGAUUACACAUGUAACCCAGAGUACAUGACAGUUUACACCCAGAAGAUAACAAAUCAAGGAGACUUCAUCACCAAUGUACAGAGGAAAUGUUAUUUCGGGUACGGGAAUGUUAAUAUUUCGCAUCUGUGGAAGUAUGACGCACAGUUGCUUAGGCAAGCUUUCGACAUGAAUGUCAGAAUCUCAGCGUACUGGACCAUCGUAGUACGAAGGAUUGUAGAUAACCUUGCGCUUUAUCUUCAGUUCACCGUGAAGAAUCUCGUGAACAGCCAGUUUCAGAAGGAGAUCGUGGCGGAAAUGGUGAAUCCCGAAGGCGGAGGAGAAGUUGAGAAGAUGCUUGAGGAGUCUCCGUCGGUGGCGAUCAAGAGGGAGAAGCUGAAGAACAGUAUCAAGCUUCUGAAGGAGUCCAAGGACGCUGUUUCCGCCAUUGUUGAUCGGAAUUCGGCGUGA